AUGGCACAGGGGGUCGGGAAGAAUUACUGUGCAGUCCCUAAUAUCUGCCAGACCGAGUUCGGCCGGUGCGACUCGGACGCAACGCCUGCUGGAUACAACACCUCCGCAGAUGACCGCGGACUCACAGGUGCGAUUGCAUAUGGCAGCAUCAUCUCCAAUUGUAAAAUCCCGCGAGUGGUUGCUCUCACUUAUGACGAUGGUCCUACUGAGAACACGGAGGAGCUUCUUGAUAUUCUCAAGGAGGCGGGUGCCAAAGCAACAUUCUUCGUGGCCGGCAACAGCAACGGCAAGGGGGAAAUAGACCAGACUGCGAGAUGGACUCGCCUAAUCAAACGCAUGGCUGAGGAAGGCCAUCAGAUUGCUUCCCAUACCUGGUCUCAUGCAGAUCUGAACAAGAUGUCUUCGAGAACCCGCAAGCACGAAAUGCUGAAAAACGAGCGGGCUUUGACCAACAUUCUCAACAAAUAUCCGACUUACAUGCGACCUCCGUACCUCCGAUGCAGCAACGAGACAGGGUGUCUGGGAGAUAUGAAAGCUCUCGGAUAUCAUGUUAUAUCGUACUCCUUUGACAGCACCGACUGGAUGCAUAGGAAUGACCUUGCCGCCAUGACUGCAGCUUUCGAUCGUAUCCUGGAGAGCGUCGAAGCCAAGGAUGGUAGGAUGCUAGUCAUCCAACACGACACAAUCCGAACAUCGGCCAUCGAUCUGACGAAGCAUAUCUUGGAGCGGGUGGCGCAACGAAGGUGGAGAGCUGUGACGGUCGGAGAGUGUCUUGGGGAGGAAGCCGAUGGCUGGUACCGCAGACCGAAAUGGACCAGUCCAUUCUCGACUGCGGAGCAUGGCUGCAUUGUCUUCAAUGAGGCAUUCUGCGGCAAGUUGGCCGGCUUCCAGACCAAGGCGGAAUGUUUCAGCAGCAACGUCAAAUGCUACAAACAAGUCAAUCAGUGUGGAAAGGCAAAGGUAGACAACAAAACGUGCCAGUCCUUCAAUGAGGUUUGCAAUCUGCAGUCCUUGUUUUGCGCGCAGUGCGGACGAGUAGAGAAGGAUUCGCCGGCGUGCGAGAUUAAGCAGUUCAGCAUCUUCAACGAAGGCUGA